AUGACCCAAGCAGCACCGCUCACGCGCCUGAACCUGGAGGCGCUCUCGGCCAUGUCGCCACACAAGAGAGCCUACUACUACGGCGGCGGCGGCGGCGGCGGCGGCAGCGCCUGCUCCAGCAUGUCGGCGGAGGAGGAGGAGGACGCCGCGUCCCUGUUCUCGGCGGCCGAGUCGAGCCCGUCCUCGGCGUCCAGCGCGCCAGAAGACGAGCCCGCGCCGUCCACCGUGGCCGACGCCUCGGGCGAGCUCAUCACCGUCUACAGCUCGCUGGACCAGGCCGUGCGCUACAGCCUGCUGCGGGUCGAGACCGAGCGGCGGCGGCAGGAGCAGUCGCGGUCGGGGUUCCUGGCCGAGGCGGCGGCAACAACGGCAACAGUAACAACAACAACAGCAGCAGCCGCGGCGGGAAGCUUCCGCCCAGUCGAAGCGGCGGCAGCGGAGCAGACCGGCGACGGUGAAGACGUGGACGAGGAUGCCUAUUUCUCCAUGGGCUAG